AUGAGCGCGCGAUGCCCCGUGUUUCUCGGGCAGCUGAAGCCUCGCCUCGGAAAGUGGCGAGCUGCGCUGAGAGAAGAAGAACUCCCGCCGCCGAUUCUCCCCGAAGUCGCCUUCGCAGGCCGCUCGAACGUGGGAAAGAGCAGUCUGCUGAACGAGCUCGCCGGCCGUCGCCUCACCUCGCUCGUGACGAGUCGGCCUGGCACCACACAGCACCUCCACUUCUUUAAGGCAGGGUCGCCGCCCGUUCUCUGCCUCGUCGAUCUUCCAGGAUACGGCUUUGCCAAGGCAGCCGCAGCGACUCGUCUGCAGUGGACUGAGUUUUCUCUCUACUACCUCAAGACACGCAAAAAUCUCCGACGCGUAUUUGUUCUGAUCGACGCACGGCACGGCUUGAAGGAGAGCGACAAAGAGAUGCUUCACUUUCUUCAUCGCUGGGGAGUUAGUUGGCAACUUGUCUUGACCAAAGCGGAUCUUGUGAAGCCGAAAGACCUCGUGAAGACACUCAUGCUGGUGAAAGAAGACGCCAAGGCCUUUCGACACCAAGCGGCGGACCCAGUCGCCGUCAGCGCCUUGAGGCAUCAAGCCCUCGACGUGCUGCGGCGCGAGAUGGACGGCCUAAAAAUCGACAAGGAAAUCGUCAAGCACAGGAUCCGCUUGCGGAUCCACAGCAAGCUGGAGGAGCGGCGCCUGCGUCGGCAACUGAAGGCGGCCGCGAAGAAGAAGACGAAGAGCGAGGAGGGGCGCGAAGGAGACGGCCGGGCGCACUCUCUCUCUCGACCUUCCUCCUGGGUCACUGCUGCUUGCAAAGAAGGGGUGGAUCUCGAUUCCCGAGGGAACGCAGUCGACGGCGAAGGCGCCGAGACAGGCUUGGACACACCACCGAUCCUGGAGCGCGUGAGAAGGCGGUGGAACUUUGAAGACGAUUUCUCUUCGCAGGAAACAGCGACGGGGGAUGUCGGUUCCGAUCUUCCGAGAAACACAGCCGGACUGGAGUACGAAGGCGGAGACACGGAGCAGAUCUCCUUAGACACGUUCAUCGAGUGCACGGAAAUGGGCCAAGGAAGUUGGCACCACCGCCACAGCCUGGAGGCAACCGCGGAACUCCUUUCCGCUUCAGAGUUCCCUCACGCCGCGCCUUCGCCCCUAUUGAACUCCGACCCUCGACAGGAGGAACAGCCUAUACACAGGGACCGAGACCUCUGUGGCUCUGAGGCUCUGCAACCCCUCGGUCGCAAGAGAGGCCGCAGGCGAGCGAGCGGUUCGAACCCUUCCUCUGGCGAACUUCUGGACGUCCCCGCUGCCGGGACCGAGGCGCGCCUCCAGUCGCCGGAUCCGUGUCCGGCGUUCUUUGCAGCUGCCGACGCAGCCGCGCAACUCGCGCUGGGACUGAAUUCUUCUGUGGCGAAGGAAGAGAACGGCAGGCGUCGAGAACGUGCCUCGACUGCCUCUUUCGAAUCUGGCGGGGAGGAAGAUCCCCGCGCAAGGGUCCCCCGCAUGGACGCCUCCUCGCCGUUCCCUAAACCCUCUCUUGCUUCCUCCUCUUUGGCCGCUCCCUCGCCUGCGUUCGAUGUCGGAGAGGAUGCGACCUGUCGAGCGCGAGGUGAGGAAGGAGAUGUGCUGCGGCCUGCGUCACGACCGUCCUUGGCUGUGGACUUUGACUUGUCUCUGAGACCAGGCGGUUCCUCAGAGAGCGCCGGGCACGCCGGUGCGGUGACAGAAGGAGUCAAAAGCGAAGCAAGUGAAGUGCGGAUGGGGAGAGGCUGCUUCAAAGACGAGGUCGAUGCGCUCCAUUUGAAUCGAAAGAUGUCAACGACAGAGAGCGGGGCCGAGUCAGAGCCAGGUGAAGUUUCGUUCCUCUCUUCUGCGCUGGAUUCGCCCGCGCUCUUUGAUUCCUUGGACGACGACGAAGACCCUUCUUUCCUCCUUCAGCGCUCGCUGCAAGGUUCCUCGCCCUCUUCCUCAGCAUCACCAUCCGGCGGCCCGCUCUCCGGGUCCGUCUCUGGCCGCCUCAGACGCGCAGUGCAGGAGACACAGGAGAUUUGCAGGAGCAGCUGGCAGGCAGAGAGAGUGGGGGUAACGAGUGUGGCGUUUGAAUUGACAGAGAAGGCGCCCGACGUGGAAGAAGAGGAAGACGAGGGAGAAGACGGAUUUUCCUCGCCUUUUCCUUCUCUCGCUGAAGCGCGCCAAGCUGCGCGAACGCGAAAGAGCCGUCUUCGUCCUGCGCCCUCGCCGCGUCUCUCGGGCGUCGCGAUGGGGCAAAAAGGAGACGUUCUGCUCCUCGAAGACGCAGGGCACCACACAGGCGGCGGCGGUGGUCAGGCAGGUCGUCGCGCGCGAAGACAAAGGAGAAGUCUAUCGGGCGAUGAGGCAGGACGAUUCGGCCCCGACCCUGAUCCUCUGCAGCAAGCGCCAGAGCCGGGCGUGUACACAGGCGACUUCGAACGCGACAUGCGCCAGUCCUGGGACCGCCGCAAACGCAUGGAACUGGAAGAUCUCGGUAACGCGCCGUCGCGUCCUCUGAGCCUCGGCAGUCGAAGCCGCGACAAGAUCCAGUCUCGGGAUGAACGCCCCACUCCGUUCUGGCGCCGGAGGAAAGAGGCAGAUGCGAUGGCCCUUUCUGCUGAAGCUGGCUUUAUUGGCCUGGAUCCAAAGGCCCUUCAGAGACCCGUGCGAGGCGUCCAGAAGCGUAAACUUCUCAGGCGACUCAGCCGCAUGCGGCUUCACCAUCUCCGGUUGCAGCCCGAGAGCGUCUCCAAGCGACUCGUCGCCGCCGUCGGAAAAGAGGCCAAGGCAGGCUUUGCAGCUCCGGGGAUCAUUGCCGCCAAGGACAGGAAGGGCGGCAAGAAUUACACCUGGGAAGAGGCGAUGAGAAAGUGGAAGCGGUGGGCCCGGAAACAUAAAGCGGACGCAGCGGUGUACGGGCGACCAAACAAGCGACGACUCUUGGAAGAGCAAAUGCAAAUGGUGGAGCGCAAGCUGUUCCGGCAGAGACUGGCAAUGAAGAAGAAGGAACAGAAUGAGGCACCUGGCGCUGGGUUAGUUCGUGAGUUCAAACAACGAAAACGCCAAGCCCGCGAGUUGGCCCGGGGGCUUGAGGCAUCGCAAAACGGUUCAUUUGGUGGUUCUGGGGUUAUGAAGAAUAAGAAACAAAGCCCAAGGUCGAGACGGCUGCAGCGGAAAAAAGAUGAGAAACUCGCGGAACUGGAGGCCUUCAGAGAGUGGAAGAUCCAACAAGAAAAUAAAAGGCGCGGCCGGUGA